AUGGAGGACGACAGGUACUCCUCCAACCAGUCGAAUGGCCACGAGCUACCUAUCCCAACAUCACACCGAAAACAAAGUCCUCAAGCACCACAAGCGGAAGUCCAAUCCAUCGUCAAGGAACUACCAACCUCGUUGUCGAAAUCAGACCAUCGCCACAAGGCUCCUUCUGAUGCGAAGCAGGCCAAGCUCCUGGCAUCCAUUGAGCAGUUGAGAUCCAACAUCUCCACCACAGAGGCACGCCUAUCCACGAAGCUUCGAGAAAUCACGCAGCUCAAGUCCUACUCUACCUCGGCGUCAACUGCAAACGAGAAUAAACAGGGAUUCAAUCGAGGAUCCUCCUCCUCCUCUCAACAAGUAUCUGUUCCGGAAAUUUUCCAGCAGCAGCACGACUCUACCACCAUUCCUGCGUCGAUGUCCGUGGAAGACGAGAAAGCCGCCCUCGCUCACGCCCACUCGAUCAUCAACAAACACAUCUCGCUGCUCAAGACGUACAACGGGAUCAAGGACGUCGCCAUGGAGAUGCUGGGGCUGAUCGCGGAGAAGGAAGGCCGCAGACUAAAGGACGUCAUGGACGAACGAGGGAUAGACGAGCGUGACUGA